GCUAAGAGCUCCAAGGACGGGAGUCAUUCCCUUUAUAACGUCAUCCGUUCCUUCAAGACAGGUAAGCCACACGAAAGAGUGCAACUCCGCGAUGAACAGGGCCGUUUCCUCAAUGCAAAGGAAGAGCGAAUAGCCCUGGAAGAAUAUUCCAAGGACCUGUUCGGGACAGGGGAGGAUUUUCAGCUUCAGGGACCGGUGGCCCACCAGCACAUUGCCAACCUUCUGAACCGGGAGGCCCAGGCACUAAGCAUGGUGACCCAAUUCGGAUUCGUGCCAGGCCGGGGGACGGAGGAAGCCAUCUGCAAGGCACUGACUCACGUCGACGAGGCGUUCGACAUGGUAGACAGGAGAAGAUUACGCGAAGCGCUGGAGCUAGCAGAAGUGGACCCAUUCUUAAUCGACCUGGUAGGGAUCCUCACAAUGUAUGCGGAUGACACGCUCCUACAGAUGCACUUCGAUGACAAACGCCAGCUACAGGAGUCGCUUAAGUUAUGUGAUCUGCUUUUGGACCAACUCGUGGAGCUAGGUAGGCUGAUCGCGCUCAAACACCAGGUUCCCUAUUUAGGAAUCAUCAUUUCCUACCAGGAUUACGAGAUGAAGUCACUUCGACAUCGUUUGCAGGCGAGUAAGGCUGCCCUCAAGGAAGUAGCGCACGCUGUCCGGAAUAGCCGAGCAAUCACUGAAAAGCGAAGAUUGUCAAUCUGGCGCAUUACCGCCUGGGCGUCAGCCAUGUACGGUCUCCACGUGGUGGGCCUGACUUCACAGGGUCUGGCUCAGCUUGAGUCACACAUGAUCUUUCAGCUGCGCUUUGUCCUGCGGAGUUACUCCCAAGACACGCACGAGAACAACCAGCAGUUCAUGCAACGGAAAGGACUCAAGACAGCUAAGGCUCAGGUAUUGAAGCGUUUGCAACAGUUCAUCAAGCGCCAACACAAGGGAGACAAAGAAGCACUUCUGCAGCACUACCUACCUAGAGCAGCACAGGCGCACUUAGGCGCCAUUCACAAAAACAUCAUCCUGGAGCUCGCCUAUUUCCGAAAGGCAGAGGCCGAGGCCAACGUAACGGAACUCGAUCAAGUUCACGAGCAAGUAAAAGCUGAAGCACUUCGGGAUCCGGGACAGGAGGCGUAUCGAACAAGCCAGUUAGCGCGCAUCACACCCGAGCACCAGGUCCUGGACUCAAUCACAAGAGGCUGGUCAUUCGAUGGCAACCAGCAGGACGCAGCAGAGUUUCUCAGUGUGAUACUUCCGAAUCUCUCAGGAAUACAGGUUUGUUGCUGGGAGACCCGGUCUCCCAUGGAGGCAGGCUAUGUGGUGGACGAGGAAGGGCUCAGUCCAAUCUUUCUGAAUGUGCCGCUAGCCGAGGACCUGCAAACUAUGAUAAACAGCUGGAGCAACCAGACGCCGGUUCGAGCCCUGGUAGCCGCCGAAAAGCUUGUCUUCCUAGCCUUGCCGAGGUACGCCGGAGAUGGCAAAAAUGGUAGCUCCAUCAGACUUCAGGAGACGCUUUUACUCCCUGCCUUUGAAGGAGUGGGGUCAGUCCUGACCUGGCAUUCCUUCCUUCUCCGAGCUGGGGGACAAGGUAAGGGCAAGCAAACUGGUCAGCGGCGAGGCGAAGGAAAGUCUUCAGGAGCAGUCGAUGACGACCUCGUGAACGCUGUGGCAAGGCUCGUCUUGCGGCAUGACGAACAACUCCUAGCGCUAACAUCUGACCUGUGCUACAUUUCCUAUGUCCGAACAGAUGGCCACUCCGUACUGCAAGAGCUUCAUGAAGAGAGCAAACGUCAACGAAGCCUGAUGGCCCCCAUAUCUCCUCCGAGACAUGCGCUCACGCUUCGAUUCUUCAGGGCUCUCAAGGACAGAAUCGUGAAGGUCAGCCAGUCUGCGGAAGUGCAGCAGAAACUCAAGCAGGAGGGCGUGAUGACGAUGAAUGGGGAAUGGCCAUACCUCGAAUGGAGCUCUGGCAGUCAAUCCACGGUAGAAUCUCUGGAAGACCCCUUGAGCACAUCGCAACUACUCUCAGGACUGGGUGACGUCAUCACGCGCCUGGAAUCCGACUCGACUCAGGUGACCAUGUUCAAGACGUCGCGCCCCCUCAGUGACAAGAUGACGGGAGGCCCUGUGCGCCUGCUCUUUCAGUUUUCCUGCAAGGUAGGAGCCGCAGAUCUGCUAGACACCUUAGGUACUCUAGCCAACAACUCAGCCUUUUCACUCCUUAAUGGUGACUUCCAGAAACAGGGAGCACAACCAUCUCCGCUAGUCAAACAGAUUCGCAACCUGCUACGCUAA